UCAGAAACUGAAAGACGAACGUGAAACGGAAACCCCAAUCGUGAGCGACCACCACCGUGACUGCGUCUCCGACGACACCACCGUCGCGCCGUCAAAUUCCGGUGAAAAUUCGAUCUCAAAAUCCAUGGCUGAGAGCCAAUUUGGAUUUCAAAGCACAGGCACAACAAUGGCAGAGUCAAAUCCUUCCGCUACCCUUAUAAUCAAGCACCUUCCUGAAGCCAUUCCACACGACACACUCUCUCGACUCUUGUCCCAUUACAACGCUUCCUCCGUUCGCCCGUGCUCUGCUGCAAGGUUGAGGAAUUGUGCUUUUGUGGAUUUUAAAAAUGAUAUGCUGGCGUCUCAAGCACAGCGUCAACUAAAUGGGUUGAGAUUUCUUGGCAAAGUCUUGUCAGCAGAGAGAGCUAACCCAAUUGACAAUGGUGAAAAAAGUAGUGGUGCUCAGCAAGGAAAGGACUCUAAAACAUCAGUGGUAAAUGUAACCAAAUCUGUUGAUGAAGAUACAAAAUCAGCAGGCCUCCCUACUCCUCAGCCAAUUGCUGAUAGACUUGGUGUUGAUUAUCCAUUUCCUCCUCAUCUUGAGUAUGCAUACCCUCCACCUGAUGGAAAUAUACUGACCAACAUUGUGAAUGCUCUUAUUGCCGUUCCCCGCUUUUACACUCAGGUUCUGCACUUGAUGAACAAAAUGAACAUUCCGGCUCCAUUCCGUAUGGCACUGCCCACACCACCAUUACCGCCAGAGGUGCCAGCCCCACCACCACCUGUGCCUCCUCCUCAUCCUUCUGUAACUGCAAAACCUCAGUCUGCAGAGCUGUCUAGUGAUGAAUCGGAGAUGGAAUCUUCAGAUGAGGAAGAUGGAGCAAGACGAAAGCGUGCUCGGCGUGAGACUAUCGUUGGCCCUGCCAUUGAUAAAGAUGUGGCUCAUGAGUCUGUUGGAGUAAAGCCUGCCACCUUGGUCCCAAAAGAAAUUCCAAUGAUAAAAAAGAACCCCGUCUUAAAGAUAAAAAUUGCUCCCAAAGCAACCCUGAAUGAACAUAAAGAUGAUGAUACGAAGCAAGACUUACAAGAGCCAGAAAACGAUAUUCCAGAUACUAACAAAUUUUUGACUCCUGAUGAAUUAGAGAGAGGAAAGUUGCCUCCUGAGGAAAUCUUAUCUCUUCCAAUGUUUAAGAACUAUACACCAGGAAAUCCUGCUCCCGUGUUGUAUAUAAAAAAUCUGGCAAAGGAUGUGAUUGCUGAUGAUUUCUAUUUUAUAUUUGGGUCCCUGUUUGGAAAUAUUGAGGAUGCAAAGUCUGGUCUUCAAGUCAAACUGAUGCAGGAAGGAAGGAUGAGGGGUCAAGCAUUUUUAACAUUCCCCUCCACUGAGUUGGCUCAUCAUGCUCUGAAUCUAGUGAAUGGGCAUGUAUUUAAAGGAAAGCCAAUGAUCAUUCAGUUUGGUCGGAAUCCUGCUGCUGCCAAAUAAACUUAAAAUCGAUCGACACGGAAGGGAUGCAUUCCAAUGUUUUUGCUUUGAGAGGCACAUGAUUGUGAGUUUGCUCAUCACAUGAUACAUGUAUAGCAACAGAUGGCUAAUGAUGCUUUUUUCAUUCGUUGACUGGGAGAGAUAACACCAAAGCUUGGACAACACUCAAGAAUGGUUGUGAAAUGGAUGCUUACACAUGCAUUCUCCUUGGCCCUGUUAGAGUGAGAUGCUGAGAUAAACUAGUCUGCAUGCUAGAUGAAUCUAGUUCAGGUUGCUGACAAGAGGCGUUGGAACUUGGAAACCCAGACUCUAAAGGCACCCUGAGAGUAUUGCUGUCAUCAUAGACACAAAUUAAAGGACCCUCUUGGUUAAAUUAAGCAAUAAGCAUAGAGAAAUUUUGAUGGUACUAGGUUCAUUUUCUCUGUAAAAGCAAAUUAGGGAACUUGACUUGGCUCCAGAAACAGCAAUGUGAGCUUUGGAGCUGCACUUGGUCCAUUUGGUGUUUCUCUCAUUCCGCAUCUUGUACAUUACAUUGAAUUUAGAUCUGUGUAUCAAUAUGUCAUUCGACCUAUAUAUCCAUUAAUUUGGAAACGUUUUUUAUUGA